AUGCUCGAUAUCGUCUCUAAUUUCAAUGAGAAACAUGGUUUCGAACAACCAUCCAAUGGUCAAUCGACAGAAGAAGUCAAUUGUGUUUCACAUUAUGAUCCAGGAUUACUCUCCAUUAGUAUUCUCUCAAAACAUGAAGGACUUCAACUGAAAGACAUGAAUACAAAUCAAUGGAUUGAUGGACCAUUAGAAUCGGAGAUUGGUGUGAUCUGGUUAGGCGAAGCUGCUGCUCGACUAACAGACAAUCAUCUGAAACCAGGUAUUGAUCGGAUGAUCUAUCCUCAAGGAGGCAAACCUCGAUUGACAAUGUGUUAUGAAGUGUGUACAAUAGCACAGCUGGAGAAUCUGAGUGUUGAAAAGAAGAGUGAAGUGAUGGCUGGUGGAAGUGUGACAUUUGACAAUCGUCCAGGAUUAGGGGUGCACCAGCUCAAGCUCAAAAAUUCAGCUGAGCUGAGUGAAAAAGCUGUUCGAACGUUCAUUUCGGUAGGAGCUGAUUGGUUUGAACAGCUCGUUCCAAAAGAGCUGAUCUGA